AUGGCUGUUGAGACAAUUGAUCUGGAUUCUGUACCUGAAAAUCAUCCUCUUACCCAUUAUGAAUUGCACCUUGUGCCUUGCAAGAUAGGCACAACUGGCCCCACGGAAGAGUUGAAAAACGGGUUCCAAGAAGACACCGCGGAGUCCAACAAAGAACAAAGCAAGACAGUCACCUACCUUCGUGGCCGGAAAAUUGUGGGUAAGGCUGUGACUCCCCAGAAAGGCGAUUACAAAAUAGUAGCAUUGACAUCGUUUGGAACAUCAGACACUACUACAUCAAGUUACAAGCAAACGGCUGAGAUUUCCCAUAUCUACAAUUACGAAAGGGAAGGUAACGAACAACGCAGGGAUGAUGAAAUGGACAAAUUUCAGGAGUAUCUUGAGCUGACAGACCUGAUCAACCAAUAA